AUGGGUUGUGUAUAACAAAAAUAAAAUAAAAGGACACAUUUAGAAUCUUUUGACACUACUUAUUAAUCAAAUGGAGCCAAAUCUAGGUAAUUAAAUCAUAUUAUUUAGGCAAACUACUCAUUAGGAAGUUAAAAAAGAAUUUUUCAAAAUAUAACUCAAUCCUAUAGUAUAAAGAAGACUCUCUCCUUAAAGAUGCAAACAAUCAGACUUUUGA